UAAAAUGGAAGAUGAGGAGGUCGCCGAGAGCUGGGAGGAGGCGGCCGACAGUGGGGAAAUAGACAGACGGUUGGAAAAGAAGCUGAAGAUCACGCAGAAGGAAAGUAGAAAGUCAAAAUCUCCUCCUAAAGUGCCGAUCGUGAUUCAGGACGACAGCCUUCCUUCAGGUCCUCCCCCGCAGAUCCGCAUCUUGAAGAGGCCGACGACCAACGGCGUGCUUAGCAAUCCCAACUCCGCCAGCAGACCGGCCUUCCCCGUGAAAUCCUUGGCGCAGAGGGAAGCGGAGUACGCAGAAGCCAGGAAACGAAUAUUGGGCAGCGCCAGCCCCGAAGAAGAGCAGGAGAAACCCAUUUUGGAUAGGCCGCCGAGGAUCUCCCAGCCGGAGGACACCAGACAGCCCAACAAUGUGAUCAGGCAACCCCUGGGUCCCGAUGGCUCGCAAGGCUUCAAACAACGCAGAUAAACGCGGGCGAGAGACGCUGCUGCGGAAGGCAGGGUCCGCCGCCACGGGUCGCACUGCCGUGGCGGACAAACGGACUUGAGCAAAGGGAACUACCUGGUUUAUUUGCACUGUGAUUUCCCCUUUGCUCUGCCCACUGUGACCUUCAACCCCACGCACUGUGACCUUCCCCUCUCCACCCACUGUGACCGGCAAACCGAGAAGGGCUGUCCCCAAGUCGCUGGAAAAUGGAAGGGGACGAGGGGAGGGGGGUUAUAAAGGACUCGGACGGGUGCAGAGAGUCUUGUGGGUGCCACUUGGGUUGAAGCUAGCGCCAGCAAUAAUGUUUGUUGUACUCAUAACCUGGGAUUUAAGGAAAAAAAAAAAAAAGGGAAGCCUCCCCAGACGCGCGUGUGUCCUCAUCACUUUAGGAGCAAGUUCUGUUUCAAAGGAUCUCUUUUAAUUUUCUUUUUUCUUGUUUGUUUUCUGUAUAUCAGAUCAACGGAGUGCAUGGGAAGGGUUUUAACUGUUUGUUUUAAUUGAGAGAGGUAGUUAAGUGUUCGAAAAGGAGUUUCGAUGAAUUUCUGCGACUUUAAUGGCUCGGGUUUGGCUUCUCCUUCUCUCUUUCUCCUGCUGCCAAGCACGUGGAAGUGGACUCCCGGAUACCUGGCCUUUCCGAUCGCCUUGGGAGCCGGCGGAGCCCGACGACCUAGUUUACAUCUUGCACCCGUUAAAGCUUGGCUAGUAUUUUCUGCUGGCUUUGAGGAAAAGCUUAAAAUACAUCUUUUUUUGUUUCUUUUUGUAUUUGGGGAGAAGGGAACGUAGACGGAUCCCGUGAAAAUGCCUGCUGCCCGGCCGCUGUGUGCGGCAGAGAGUGCCAGGUGGCGGAGAAUUAGGGCUCCGUUGCGAGGAGGAGAACGACCGGCACCGUUCCGGUCUGUGAAAUAAAUACGUGGGGAGGAGGCCCGCUCCGCACGGCCCGUGCUCGGCAAGCGGCUGGCGUAACGACGGGGAGCGGGCUGUCCCGAGGGCCCGAACCUGAGUGGCUGAACGACAGAGCGAAGGCUCCGCUCCAUCUCUCGGUCACGGUACAAGCCACCUUCGCCUCUGGAAAUCGCAGAUGUCGGGAACAAAAACCGCCUCGGAUAAAGCCUGGAUGAUUCCACCUCCCUCUUCCUGGCGGCAGCUGGCUCCCCGCGAGGCUUCAGGGAAGGGAUUUUCCUCCUCCGGCUCCUGGGAAGAGGACAGGGAGGCUGGUGGUCCGCAAGAACACGGAUGUUCCCCCCCGCCCCCGGAUGAAGCUGACCUACCUUAAUAUCACUUAAUAUCGAGGGAUUAGAUGAACACUAAAUGCUCUUCUUGGAGGGGACGGUACCUAGAAAACCAUUUCUGGUUAUCGGCGGAUUAUUCUGUACGGGUGCAGCCUUCCCUGCUGCUUCGUGCUCAGUAGGUUCAAGGGUAAACGAGUAAACCUUGACAUCUUCAACGUGAAGGGAAGCGGCCAUACAAAAAGACGUGUAUGGAAAUACGGCUUAAAAAAACCACAUACCGGUAAAAUAAAACUACCUGUGUAUAAAAAGAAUCUGCUAGAGCGUUAAUUAGCUGAUUAAAGCUGAUUAAAGCACCGAGGACGGUGGCGAGGUGGGGACGGACGGGCAGACGUCCCCCGGGCAUCCCCAACCGCCGGCGCUUUUUUGGGGACGGUCUUAUUUAUUCUCCCCGGGCUGGUGGUCAGGAUGAGUUCCCCGGGGGGAGCGGGAGGGAAGAAGGACGUUGGCAAUAACCGUAGUCACCACGCCUUUCCUUAAUUAUUACUAAAAAUAGCUUUUAAUGGCCAAAAAAGCCCCAAAUCCUCCCGGUUCCUGGUGUAGCUGGCCAGUGUUAAAGUUGCCACCAUCUUCGGCACCGAAAUCUCCGUCUUUGGCACCGAAAUAUCCCGGCUCCUCCAUCCCAGCGACCAGGAUACGUCCCGCCCGCGGGCAGGGCUCGGCGGCGUUCCUGCGGGAAGCCCCUUCAUCCCGGGAAGGUGGAGGAUAAACACGGUACCGCGUGUUUUCACCCCAAAACGUGCGCCGAAGA